AGAAGAACUGCAACAGCAAAGUGAACCACGCCUUUGGUCAGCAAAAACAUACCACAGACUUGUUGAAAUUCAAUGACAUUAGGAUGAAAUUAGAAGUGGAAAUAAAUUUUCAUAAGGGUAUGAAGCUGAGAUUAAGAAAUAUUUUCCUGAAAUAGUUGAGGUCUGUAACGAUAAUGAGCAAAACAUUUCUGAGAGGAAACUGAGGAAAAUGAGGGAGGGGAAAGAGAAUCUUCUACUGGCCCUCAUGACCUCAGAAGAUAAGUAUCAAGUUGCAUAAACAAGAACUUACAUUUCAAAAUAUGAGCUUUGAAAUACUGCAUAUCUCAUUCUGGUAACUCUUCUACAGAUGCAUGCAGUUACAGAUGUGUUAUUAUUUAUUACAAUUUUUAAAAUCUUAUGAAAAACAUUUACCUGUUAUCAGAACCUCUCAAUUUUUUUCCUCUUGACUCAAUUUUUUGGAUGCCUACUAGCCUUUUCAUCUCAGCUGUUAUGAAUCUCAGCCUUCUGGACAAUGGAAGUUUCUUCCUGGACUGAACUGACCUGGAUGCUCAACAACCACAACAGCACAGCCGGAACUCCAUGCGUGAUGGGACCCUGUAACGGGACGCUGUCCCCACAGCCAUCAACCCCUCAGUUUUCCCUGGGUGUGUUGGUGCUCCUGGCUCUGCUCAUGGUGCUGCUGGCUCUGGUCACAAUCCUCGGAAAUGUCCUGGUGAUCCUGGCUUUCAUCUUGGACAGAAAUCUCAGGCAUCGGAGUAACUAUUUCUUUCUCAACCUUGCCAUUUCUGACUUUGCAGUGGGUGUCUUCUGCAUGCCACUAUACAUCCCUUAUGCCCUGACAGGGACCUGGCACCUGGGAAAAGGCCUAUGCAAGCUCUGGCUGCUUAUGGACUACCUUGUGUGUUCAGCUUCAGUGUUUAACAUUGUCCUUAUCAGCUAUGACCGUUUCCUGUCAGUUACAAAAGCGGUAUCUUACAGAGCCCAGCAGGGAAUGAUGUCCAACCCUGUCGUCAAGAUGGUGGCCAUCUGGAUUCUUGCCUUCCUGCUCUACUCUCCGGCAGUUCUCCUUUGGGAGUACGUGUCUGGCUGCAGCAUGGUAGAGGAAGGGCACUGCUAUGCCGAGUUCUUCAACAACUGGUACUUCCUCCUGUGUGCAUCCACCCUGGAGUUCUUUGUGCCCCUGAUCUCUGUCACCUACUUCAACGUGAGCAUCUUCCACAACAUCCAGAGACGCCAGCGGCGCGGCAGCGUUCAAUACUGUGAGUCUCCAGGGAGCAGCAGUGUGUCCUGGAGGUUUUGUUUUUUGCUGAGGCGAGGAUCCUCUUUGUCAGAAACAGAGGACAGUGUUUCAUCAGUAAUGAGGCUAUCAAGACCAUCACUGGCAUCGAACUGUACAUCUCCAACAACAAAAAGUCCUGUGGCUGUCAAAAGGGACUUCUCUGCAUCUUUCCGUGCAAACUCUCGGUCAAGACUGCAAAGAGACAAGAAGAUUGCAAAGUCACUUGCUGUAAUUGUGUGUGUCUUUGCCAUUUGCUGGGCCCCAUAUACUUUACUAAUGAUUAUUCGUGGAGCCUGCCAAGGAAAAUGUGUCCAUCCAAUUCUGUAUGAAAUUACCUUUUGGCUUUUGUGGAUCAAUUCCUCUCUGAACCCAUUUCUUUACCCACUUUGUCAUAUGAGAUUUCAAAUGGCUUUUAUGAAAAUACUAUGUCCCCAGAAGUUGGCAGCAUUGAGAUCAAAUGAUACACCUUCUGUUUAGAGCAUUAAAGUAAAAGAGUCAGAAAUAACAUUUGUCUCUUACUGCCUUUUUUCACAUUUCUUCAAUAGAAAUAAACGUUUGUUUGGUAAUGGCAUUAGUUAAGAAUAGGCAGAGGCAUGUACUUGUUCUUAUUUUGCUGAUUUUCAGAUUUUUUUUUUGUUUAUGCUGGUUCAUUCAAGUGUAAACACCAUCUGGAAUGAAAUUAAUAACCAAGUUUUACUGGAUGCUCUUCUUGACUUAUGGGCUUGAAGUGCUUCUUUUUGGUAUUAUGGAAGAACUCUUCUGUAGAUAUCUCUGUAUGUGUUCGUCGGAGGGGAUGUAUCUCUUUUUGUAUGUGCUGAGUUAAAAUUUUAUGCACAAUCUGUAGACCUCUAGCUAUCAGAGGAGAAACACGUGCUACAGUUUUGAAAUGUCCUGUAAAACCCACACAGGAGCAGUAACAUUUCCUUUUAAAAAGUGUUAUGAAAGCAACAUAGUGCUCAUUAUGAUUACAGUGGUGGGCAUUAUUUAAUUGUACAGACUGCCUAAUCCAACAUCUUUCUCCUUUUAAUUAUAAUGUGGUCCCUUCUUGGUGCUGUAGGACACAAUGCAUGUGCAUUAGUAACUGAGUCAUUUGUAGAAAACAGAUGUUUCCAUGGUAAUGGAAUUUUGAGACUGUUUAUCAAAAUAAUCACAGGCAUAAACAGUUGUUCUCUUUACCAGCACUAGCUUUUCUCCUGGUAGUGGCUGCCUCUUUGGUCCUGCUUGAAUCAUCUUCAGUGCCAGAUUUGUGCACUCUUUUAUUACUUAGAAGGUAGGCCAAGCUUUGGCACGUGAUCACAUUCCUGUUGAAUGAGCAGAGCAAGCAGUACAAAGUUCAUGCUGCAUUUGAGUUUUUUGGCUGUCUUGUGUGAGAACAGACAAUACUCUCCUGUGUAAAGCUUUGCAAGUGCAAAGAUAUUCCAUCUAAAUGGCUGGAAGAAAUUCAAGCUGGCAGAGUGAUGUUUAAACUAAAUCAUUUCUCUGUGCCAUAUCACAACCUUUGCUGUGAUAUUUUGUGUAUUUUGUCUGCCACUGAACAAGCAUCAAGCUGGGUUUUCUCUAUAACUGAGUAAAGGCCAUAUUCACUUCUUGAGAAAGAGGUUCUCUGAAGUCUGUCUGAAAGCUGAUAGACAGGUGUCUUAAAUAGCUAUUAAUAAAAUGGGAGUGAAUAAGCAGUGCUAAAAAGACUGAGUAAUGCAAUAGAGCCUGAUUAUAAUCCAUUCCAGGUGUCAGAUUUUCUUACCUUUUCUUGAAUGUUGCAAGUUUUCCUCAGGGUUUUCAUGGAUGGAUGAGUGUUAUUAUUUGUAUUAUUUUUCCCUCUAUUUUAAUGUAAAUAUGCACAUUAUAGAAUUCAUAGAAUGGCUUGGGUUGGAAGGGACCUCAAGGAUCAUCGGCUUCCAGCCCUCCUGCCAAAGGCAGAGAGAGCCACCUAUCUCUAGAGCUGGUACUAGACCAGGCUGCCCAGGGCCCCAUAAAACCUGGCCUUGAACAUCUCCAGGUACGGAAAGUCCACAGCCUCUCAGGGCAGCCUGUUCCAGCACCUUGCCACUCUUUCUAUAAGGAACUUCCUUCUGACAUCUAAUCUAAAGCUUUCCACUUUUGAGCUUAAAACCAUUCUCCCUUGUCCUAUCACUGUCUACCCUUGUAAAAAGUUGAUUCUACUCCUUUUUAUAAUCCCCUUACAAAUAUUGGAAGGCUGCAAUGAAGUCUCCUUGCAGCCUUCUCUAGGCUGAACAAGCACAGUUUCCUCAGCCUGCCUUCAUAGGGGAGGUGCUCUAGCCCUCUAAUCAUUUCUAUGGCCCUCUCCAACAGCUCCUUAUCUUUCCUGUACUGGGGGCCCUGGACCUGGAUGCAGCACACUCAUGAGGUGGGGCCUCAUGAGGGCAGAGUAGAGAGGGUCACCUAUACCUUUGUAUGUAGAAAGUACAGAAAUAGAAAUCUAACAGAGAAUAAUGCAGAGAAUAACAAAGAUUUAAGUAGUUUUCUUUUGGAAUAGAUAUCAAAUUUGAAAUGGGCUAUAGAAACGUUGCUGAACCAGAGGAUCCCUUUGUGAGCACAGCCCAAGUGCAUACAAACAGCUUAAUAGUAACACAGAAGUUAAUGGUUUUGAGGAGCUAAAAUCCCAUUCUGUUUAGACGCCUGAAGCUGAAGAUCUCUCUUGCCAGUUUUUGUACUGGCAGAUGAUAGCAUUUCACAGCUUAUUUUUGCUUCCUUGCCUUACAUAAGUAGUAUUAUGCAUUAUGAGCCUGGCUGCAAGGAGAUAAAUUGCGAGAGGUCAUUGAUUCAGCACAGCUGCUUUCACUGUUGUGACUUAAGGUGCUGGCACAGAUUUUUGUGGGGUUUACUUUUCUGUAAGUCUUGAAAAAAAAAACAAAACAAAAUGAAACCCACCUGCAUGUACAUGCUUGAACAAUUUAUAGAAUAGCUAGUCUACUAAAUGGACAUCUGCUCAACAGAGAAGCUGUAGACAUGCCCAAACUGGGAAAGACUUGAAUUAGCUGCUUUCAGUAAAACAAAUAAAUAAAUAAAAAAAAUCCGUGUAAGAAAAUCUUUUGCAUUUUAUAACUAAAUGGGUUGAUUACUAUGGAAACAUAGCCUACUCAAUUAUCGACGAGAUAAAAUGGUAAAAACUUUGCAGCACUGAUAAAGAAGAGUUUUUUCAGGGAGCACAGCGUGCAGUAAUUUUGAAACCACAUAGAGAACUGAAAUCACUAGAGAUCAGUGUUUCUGAUAUACAGUGUUCACUCAGCUCCUAUAUAUUUGCAGAGUUUGCUGUGUGUUUCUAAGUGCUCUACUGCUCCCAAAUUAAGCCAAACACUGCUGCUAUUCUCGGCAUUAAAGCUGUCUUAGUCCAAGUCUCAUCCUAAGUCUUCCUCUCUCCAAAAGACACUUUUCAGGUUUCUGCUAGUAUGCUUGUUCAGUACUUGUUUUUGGGCAUGCCUUUCAUGCACUGACAAAAAGGUACUUUCCUUGCCAAGUUUGCUUUUCUGAGCAAAGUUUUGCUAUCCAGUUAUCUGUUUCAUCAUUUAAUGGCAUUGCAUUUUUUUUCUGUCUACGGAGAUGUUUGGUAGCGACUGCAGACAGCGACGGUAGGCCAAUGA